GCCCCUUCCCUGGGGACACUUCCCAGGAAAGGCCCCUUCCCUGGGACACUUCCCACCUGGAAAGGCCCCUUCCCUGGGGACACUUCCCAGCUGGAAAGGCCCCUUCCCUGGGGACACUUCCCAGCUGGAAAGGCCCCUUCCCUGGGGACACUUCCCAGGAAAGGCCCUCCCGCAGGUGUCCCGGCUGAAGCAGGCGCUGCAGGAGAGCCAGGCCGAGCGGGAGAACGUCCUGCUGGAUAAGGAGGUGCUGCUCCAGCGCCUGCACAACCUGGAGCAGGAGAUGGACGCCCGGAAGCGCUCCCAGGACGAUCGAUCCCGGCACGUCAAAACGCUGGAGGAAAAGUCCAAGCGGCUGGAAGUGGAGCUGGAUGAGGAGAGGAGCACGGUGGAGCUGCUGACGGAGCGGGUCAACCGGAGCAGGGACCAGAUCGAGCAGCUGCGGGCGGAGCUGCUCCAGGAACGCUCCAGCCGGCAGGACCUGGAAUGUGACAAGGUGUCCCUGGAGCGGCAGAACAAGGAGCUGAAGAACCGCCUGGCCAGUUCCGAGGGGCAGCACCGGCCCAGCAGCAACGUGUCCCAGCUGGAAGCGCGGCUGGAGGAGCUGCAGGACCAGCUGCAGGCCGAGGAGAGGGAGAAGAACGUCCUGCUCUCCUCCAACCGCAAGCUGGAGAGGAAGGUGAAGGAACUCACCAUCCAGAUCGACGACGAGCGGCAGAGCGUCAGCAACCAGAAGGACCAGCUGAGCCUGCGGGUGAAGGCCCUGAAGCGGCAGGUGGACGAGGCGGAGGAGGAGAUCGAGCGCCUGGAGGGCGCGCGGAAGAAGGCGCAGCGGGAGCUGGAGGAGCAGCACGAGCUCAACGAGCAGCUGCAGAACCGCGUCAAGGCGCUGGAGAAGGAGGCCUGGCGCAGAGCCGCGCGCUCGGCCGCCGACUCGUCGCUGCAGGACGAGCAGCUGAGCUCGGACGAGGAGUUCGACAGCGCCUACGGCCCGUCCUCCAUCACCUCCCUGCUCAACGAGCCCAACCUCCAGACCAGCUCCUGCUGACACACCGCAGUGGGGCCAGUUCCCCCUUCGGAUGCUGCUGCUGCUCGAGGAAAAAAAAACACUUCCGAGGACAUGAAGGAAGGAAGGGUGGGAACCCCCUGGGAACCUCCUGGGAACCUCUUGGGGACCUCCUGGGGACCCCCUGGGAACCCUUGGGGCCCCCCCCGGACUCUGUUCUCAGCUCUGUAUCUUCCCACGGGUCUCAGGGCGUGUUUGCACCGUGGUUUGGGGCCGGGGGGACCUGCUGGGCCACGCCGGUGUCCCCCGGGGGAGGGACCCACUCGCCGUCCCCGCUGCCCCCUCGGUGGCCACCGUGGCCAUGGGGGGGUUCAGGGUCCCGUGGGGGUGUCUGGGGACCCCCCCCGGGUUAUUUUUCUAUGCAGCCCCUCCUUGCCCCUCCAAGCGCUGUUUUAAAUAAACCCUCCCAUUUCAGCGCCGG